CGCCUCUCUAUGGUCGCCCCGGUGGCUGGAGCGCCGCUGGCAGGCGGGGCGGGGACAGGAAGUGACGGCAGCGACGAGCGGCGGUGAGGGGAGAGGCCGCGCUGAGGCGGGAGCGGGCGGCAGCGCCAGUGGUUGUGUGCCAGAAAGAUGGCUACGGACUGGCUUGGGAGCAUUGUGUCAAUUAACUGUGGAGAAAGCUUGGGAGUCUACCAAGGACGAGUGUCUGCUGUGGAUCAGGUCAGCCAGACCAUCUCCCUGACACGGCCCUUCCACAAUGGGGUCAAGUGCCUCGUGCCUGAAGUCACCUUCAGGGCAGGUGACAUUACUGAGCUGAAAAUCCUGGAGAUCCCAGGGCUAGGGGACAACAGACAAUGUGGGGAUCUGCCCCAGACAGAGAUGGGCAUCCCUGGUGUUGGGUGCCAAGUCGGUCCCAGUCAGAAUGGCACUGGGAAAACGUUAAAGAAACCCAUGUCCAGCAGUGCUCCACAGAACAUCCCGAAGAGAACAGACACCAAGAACCAGGAUAUUAUCAUCUCUCCACAGCAGCAGUGCUCCAAGAGCUACAUGGAUCGGCACGUGGAAACACUCACUCAGUCGAAAGGCUUCCGCCGUAGACACAAUUCCUGGUCGUCCAGUAGCCGUCACCCAAACCAAGUGACGCCGAAGAAGAGUGGCCUGAAAAACGGGCAGAUGAAGAGCAAAGACGAUGAGUGCUUUGGGGAUGACAUUGAUGAGAUCCCAGACACUGAUUUUGAUUUUGAAGGCAACCUGGCCCUUUUUGACAAGGCAGCUGUGUUUGAAGAGAUUGAAACGCACGAGAGGAGGAGCGGCACCCGGUCCCGGGGGACCCCCAAUGAGAAACCAGCUCGCUAUCGGCACGAUGAGAACAUCUUGGAGUCAGAGCCCAUAGUCUACAGAAGGAUUGUUGUACCCCAGAAUGCUAACAAAGAGUUCUGCACGGACUCCGGCUUGGUGGUUCCGAGCGUGUCCUACGAGCUCCACAAGAAGCUGCUCUCGGUGGCUGAGAAGCACGGGCUGACCCUGGAGCGGAGGCUGGAGAUGACGGGGGUGUGCGCCAGCCAGAUGGCCCUCAGCCUCCUCGGGGGACCCAACAGGCUGAACCCGAAGAACGUGCACCAGCGGCCCACGGUAGCUCUGCUGUGUGGCCCCCACGUGAAGGGGGCACAAGGCAUCAGCUGCGGCCGGCACCUCUCCAACCACGACGUCCAUGUCAUCCUUUUCCUCCCCAACUUUGUCAAGAUGCUGGAAUCCAUCACCAACGAGUUGAACCUCUUCAGCAAGACACAAGGCCAGCAAGUGUCCAGCGUCAAAGAUCUACCUGACAGCCCCGUAGACCUGGUGAUCAACUGCCUGGAUUGUCAUGAAAAUGCCUUUCUAAGAGAUCAGCCUUGGUACAAGGCAGUGGUGGACUGGGCCAACCAGAACCGAGCGCCUGUCCUCAGCAUAGACCCCCCCAUCAGUGAAAUGGAGCAGGGCAUCGAUGCCAAGUGGUCGCUGGCCCUGGGGCUGCCGCUGCCGCUGGGCGAGAGGGCCGGGCGCGUGUACCUCUGUGACAUUGGCAUUCCCCAGAAGGUCUUCCAGGAGGUGGGCAUCAACUACCACUCCCCCUUCGGCUGCAAGUUCGUCAUCCCCCUGCAUUCCACUUAGAGCCAGCCACGGGGCUCCGAAGGGAGAGAAGAGGAGGUGGUGUGUCAAGAAGCUGUGCAGCGGAUCCUGACUGGUAAAACUCGUGUGACGCCUUAAGGAUAGGAAGUUCUGGAGAGGUUUUUUUUUGGUCCUUCCAGAAGAAAUAUUGUGUAUUUAACAAAAAAACCAAACAAAAAAAGAGAGUCAUUGUACAAUGCAACAAAACCGAAGGGAGCGAAUGUUCCUGCAGAGCUGUUCUCAUUCUCUUGUGCCAUUGUAUGAAGGAGCCUGCAGGAAGAUGGUGUCUGUCCCUGGCCAAGUGACCACUGCUGACCAGGCCCAAGCCAGAGGGUGUUUGGUGAGGGGUUGCACAUGGAGGUGGUACAAGUGAUGGAUGGGUUGUUGACUGGAGCUGUGGUUCUGUCCUUGUGGGCAGGUAGAGCCAGCAAGGAGCAUCCUGGUGGGAACAGCACCCCUGGUUGUGUAGGAAAUACCUCCUGUUGCAGUCAGACAGGAGGGAGGGUUUUGUCUUAUUCCGUUGUUCUUUUGGAUCCUCCCUUAGCCUGUUUUACGUUCCUGAAGGCGGUUGUAGGUCCCUCUCCCUCCUGGACCCUCCAGCCCUUCAAGGAGAGCAUUCCCUCUUUGGAAAGCUUGUGGCAAGAGCCAGAAGCUCCUGGGUCAUACAUGCUCUGGGAGCACCCCGUCCUCAGCUGGGCUUUACUUGCUUCUGUAUUCAGUUGGCUUUUUUGCCUGUUCACCCUGUGGUGAAGCCCAGGCUGUGGGAGCGAGGUGGGCUGCAGAAAAGAACUUUUCCAGGAUAGUUAUGGGGGGCUUUGGUUCAUUUUCCUUUUCCUUCCUGGCACAGGGAGUGAAUCAGGGAAAGGGUAGUGAAGCAGCGCAGUGUCUCUCAGGCUGUGGUGCGUUGCUCUAUGGUGUAGGUGAGAAUUGGGUCAGUUUCCCCGGUGAUUCCAGUAUCCCUCUUACACUCGGUGUGGUUUGGGAAGUGGGUCAUGGAUCAGUUCAUUCCCUUUGGGCUCAAAGCCUGUGUAUGGAUGUGCCUGAGCCCUCUCCUCGCACAGAGGUGCUCAGCUCCUUCCUCACUGCAGUGCUUGAAGCUCUGCUGCUUACCUGUCCCCAGAGCUCCUAAGCCUUGCCCAGAGCCUGUUCUGGCAUCUGGGAUUGCUCCAGGUGGUGCCUGUUCUCCAGGGGAGCUGGCACUGGAGCUGCUCUGGCGCUGUGCUCUGCUGAGCACUGGAGUCUCUCUUAGCAAAGCUCUUGACCUGCUUGUGUAAAUCCUCACCCCUGGGAGCACACGAGGGGCUUGUCUUUGCCUUUCAUCUCCUUAGAACACAGGCCAAGUGCAUCAAAGGAGGGAAGAGCCUUCAAGCACUUGAGUGAUUAACACUGCCUCCGAGUGUGGUGUGAUGGGGAAGAGCCAGCUGGAAGCAGAAGAGCACUGGGCUCACCCCACAGCUCCUGAGGCCUCUUCCCCUGCCAGGCCCCAUCUACCCCAGCAGGAUGAAGGGCUCUGCCCCUCUUGCUUUUGGACCCCUGGUCCCCCUGAGCUCCUGUCCCUGCUGAGGGCUGGCUGACACCUGAGUGCUCCAGGACUCGGCCAUGCUCUGCCCUCGAGUGGUUCCUCCACCAUGGAAAGGGCAAAGCAGCAGCCGGAACUGGAGCAGCAUUUCACAGGCUGUGGCUCUCACUCGGGUAGCAGAGCAGUUGGGUAUUUAAGUACAAAUGUGAGUCUUCCCUCUGCCUCUUGUGGUGCUUUGGCUGUUUGCUUCAUGUAAGCUGGAGGCAGAGGAGCAGAACCAGCAGCAGAGCACGGGUUGCUCGUUGCUGUAGUACAGCAUUAGCUUUAGUCCCCUUCUUUUCACUUGCCUUGCUCACAACCCUUGAUAAGAGGUUGCAGUUUCAGUUCCUGCUUUCCUUGCCCCUUCUGGGCUGUUGAACUGUAGCUUGUUCACACUGAGCACUAACAGGGCAGGAAGGCUCAAAGCUUUGGGCUAUGUUGGGCACGGUUCCACUUCACAGUGCCUGGUGCUGACAGAUUUGGGCAUUUGGCUGUACUUCCUUUGGAUACUUGAGGAAGCACCAGCCUCACCUUCAUGAAAUGCAUCUCCUGUGCAGCUGUGAGCUCUCCUGGAGCACUCGGAGACCCAGCCAAGGUGCUGGGUCCCUUCUCCCCCUUUCCUCAUGUUACCUGUUCAGAGACCAGCUCACUUGCUAGCUGUGUUUGCAAUAGUUUCUAUCCCCCCACCUUCAGCACCACCCUCGGAACUGCCACAAGUGCUGCUGUGGUCACUGACACGUGAAGAUCACUGCACUGUCACUGCUUGAUGCUCCAUUCGUGACCUGAUGUCUGUAAUGACCAAUUCCUGCCACUACUGGGGGCUGUCCUGAAAUAAAGUGCAACGAUUCCUGUGUG